GGCCGGGCUCGCGCGUCGCGUACAUACACACACGCACAGCGGCCGUGCGGCUCGUGCCUCUUCCUGGGGGGGUUGCACUCGGGGCUGUUCUCAGUGCGGGCGGCCCGGGCGCAGCAUCCCUCCCUCCUUCCCGCGGACUCCCCCCGCCCGCUGCCUCGCUCGGGACCGCGGCGCCCCGGCCCCUCCCCCCGGAGCGCGCGCCGCCUCCUCGUGCCGGACAAUAGCAGUGCCGAGUGUGUCUCGCCCAAAGCGGACCCCCGGCCACCGGCGCCCACCUCCAUGAGCGGCGCCCGGACGGCCCGGCUGCGGGGCUAACAGCGACAGCGACUCCCUCCAGCAGCAGAGGCAGCGGCCGCGCUGCGGGGCUCGGCCCGGGACUCGCCGCCUCCUUCCUUGACAGCGCUCCACUGCCGGCCCCGCUUCCCCGCCCCCCUGCGGCGGCGGCUACUGCUGCUCAAGGACCCCUGCGGGCUCCGGGGAGGAACCAGCCCGCCCAGACGCGACUCUUGGGGCGGAGGAGGAGGGAGUCCAGACCUGGGGGGGGGGGGGUUGAGGCGGAGCCGGAGCCGGGCCCCUCUGUGUUUUAAUUGCUGGUUUUAGACCUUCUGGCACGUUUGCCGCCCCGCCCCCAUUGCGCUGCGGCGAUUCCCGUUGCAGGCAGGUGCGGCGGCCGGUGCCCUGGCGCUGCUCGGAGCGCAGAGGCUCUUCAAUGGAAGUAUGUUACCAGCUGCCGGUGCUGCCCCUGGACAGGCCGGUCCCGCAGCAUGUCCUCAGCCGCAGAGGGGCCAUCAGUUUCAGCUCCAGCUCCGCGCUCUUCGGAUGCCCCAACCCCAGGCAGCUCUCUCAGGACUUUAUUCAGACUUCGGAGUGGAAUUAUAAUAGAAAAGAGACGUGGAGCAAUUUCCUAUGACAGCUCUGAUCAAACUGCAUUGUACAUUCGUAUGCUAGGAGAUGUGCGAGUAAGAAGUCGGGCAGGAUUUGAAACAGAAAGAAGAGGUUCUCAUCCAUACAUUGAUUUCCGUAUUUUUCACUCAAAUUCUGAAAUUGAAGUGUCUGUAUCUGCAAGGAAUAUCCGAAGAUUACUUAGUUUCCAGCGGUACUUGAGAUCUUCUCGUUUCUUCCGUGGUAUUACUGUUCCAAAUUCCUCAAACAUUUUAGAUGAUGAUUAUAAUGGACAAGCAAAGUGUAUGCUGGAGAAAGUUGGAAAAUGGAAUUUUGAUAUGUUUCUUUUUGAUAGGCUAACAAAUGGAAACAGUCUAGUCAGCUUAACCUUCCACCUGUUUAAUCUUCAUGGACUGAUAGAACACUUCCACUUAGAUAUGAUGAAACUUCGUAGAUUUUUAGUUAUGGUUCAAGAAGAUUAUCAUAGUCAAAACCCUUAUCAUAAUGCAGUUCAUGCUGCUGAUGUGACUCAGGCCAUGCACUGUUAUUUAAAAGAACCUAAGCUUUCCAAAUCUCUGACUCCAUGGGAUGUUCUGCUCAGUUUAAUUGCAGCUGCCACACAUGAUUUGGAUCAUCCAGGUGUUAAUCAGCCUUUCCUUAUUAAAACAAACCAUUACUUAGCAACUUUAUAUAAGAAUAUCUCAGUAUUAGAAAACCACCAUUGGAGAUCAGCAGUAGGGUUGUUGAGAGAGUCUGGUUUAUUUGCACAUAUGUCAUUAGAAAACAGGCAGCUGAUGGAAAGCCAGAUAGGUGCUCUGAUUCUUGCCACAGACAUAAGUCGGCAAAAUGAAUACCUAUCCCUGUUUAGAACUCAUUUGGACAGAGGAGACCUAUGUUUAGAGGAGGCAAGCCAUCGCCACUUCAUUUUACAGAUGGCUUUGAAGUGUGCUGAUAUUUGUAAUCCAUGCCGGACCUGGGAAUUGAGCAAGCAGUGGAGUGAAAAAGUAACAGAGGAAUUCUUCCAUCAAGGAGAUGUUGAAAAAAAAUAUCACUUGGGUGUGAGUCCGCUGUGUGAUCGACAGUCAGAAACCAUUGCCAACAUCCAGAUUGGUUUUAUGACCUACUUAGUGGAGCCAUUAUUUGCAGAGUGGGCCCGGUUUUCUAAUACCAGGUUAUCACAGACGAUGCUUGGUCAUCUGGGACUGAAUAAAGCUAGCUGGAAGGGACUGCAAAGAGAACAGUCAAGCAGUGGUGAGGAUACUGAUCCUGCAUUUGAGGAAAUGGACUCAGACGUAUUACCUCAGGAAACUCUAUUCUGACUCCAGAAUCUGUAUGACAAAAUUGCCUCUGCAAUUGUAUCUGCACAAUGGGGUUUGAGGAGAAACUUGUUAUAACUGCUCAAGGUUCAGUGUAAACGAUGCCAGCAUUAUUUAUUUCCAAGUUUUCCUUUACAAAUCACUUGAACCCAAUUUUUAAUUACAAGAUUGGAACAUAGAGCAAUAUGCAUAUGCCUCAGUUGGCUUUGGUUUGGAACCUUGAAUAUGCAAAGCACAGCAGUGACUGAAUCUUGAAGGAACAAUACAAGAAGUUUUAUCAUGGUGCCAUGUGGGUUUUUUAAAAAAAGUUUGAAAUAAGGUCUUCAGAACUAAGACUUGAUAUGAACUAUUCCAUUUUCUUGGGAUUUAGCAAGUCUUAUGUAAACAUGUUCAAAGCAUACCUUCCACUCAGUCCUUGUUUAAAAUAUGGAAAUGUGAAGUGCCCAUCCUCUGCUGCCUCUGGCAAGACUUGAUGUUUACAAAUGUACUCUGAAACUAUUGGUUCUAGACUUAUCUUUACGCAUGGCUGUGAAAGAACCACUAACUUUGGUUUUCUUUUAGAAAAAGACAAGAAAAAAGGUCAAAUCUGAGACUAAAGCUCUUUUUCCUUUGGAUGCCAGAAAAGACUCCAUUUGUCAUUAUUUUGUUUGUGCACUGGGAACUGAGCGUUCAUCAUAGAGCACAGCCAAGCUUUUCUCCAGUGCUGUAUGGGAAUGCAAUUUUUGAAAAUGCUUCUGAAUUUGCAAAGUGGGGGGGUGGGUGGGGGGAACAUUGUCCCUAACUGUGUUGCAGUUCUGCAUUGAAAAUGUUGCAUGUUGUUUUCACUAUUGUACAUUUGAACUGCAUAUGCAAGAAAAAGGUAGAAUGUCUAUAAACACCAUAUUCAACUCAGGGUAUUUGCCAAUCUGAAAUAAAGUGGGAUGGGAACUGUGUCCUUCCGAGCAAGGGUACAAAUGGCCCUUUCACUGCAGUGUGUAUGUAUGUGUGGGUGUAAGAGUGUUUGGGGUUAUGUGGGGGAGGGAGUGGGAAGGGUUUCAACUGCAACAUUUUUUAUUUAUUCUUUUAGAAUAUGACAGUGUAAUCAACAGCCACAUUGGGGGGAAACUGUAACAAAUUGCUACAGAUGCCUUAAACUAUGCACAAAGCUAAGUGACCAAAUUUGUUUUUGAUUGAAAAAAGUGCAUUGUUUACUUAUUCCUCCCUCUCCUGAAACAUUACCCAUUUACGGGUUUUUGAUGUGAAAUGGAGAAAUGUUUUUAAGGACAAAAUUUAAGGACUAAUUUUAAACGUCAAACAUUCCAUUUUUGUAAUUUGUUUUACAUUGUUUUAAGUACAGUAAGCACAACUGUUACAGAGUUUAAGAGAAACCGGUGCUUUCUUUUAGUUCAUUUGUAUUUCCUGUAAAAGACUGUUUAUUAAUUCUGUUUACAGUUCGUUGCAACAGCCAUUUUUGGGAGAGAGCUUCAGUGUAAAGCCAUUUGUAAAGGCUUUACCAUACUCAUUUUAAUAUGUGCUUGUUGUUAACUUUUGAUGAAUAAAAAAUAACUUUUCACAAUUA